AUGUCUGGAUCACCAUCACCAAUUCGUUUGACCACACCAACAAGUCUAUUAAAUUCUUCAUCAUCACCUGCUCUUAAUAUUCUAUCAUCAUCUUCCGAUCUCAUCAACGAACACAAUGAUUCCAAUCCAACAGACUCUGAGACCAAUCAUAAAUUAAAGCCCCAAUCCAUCCCGAAAUCAUCCUCCAUGUUCAGUAUUCUUAAUAACCACCGAUUUUCAAUGGCUUUAAAUCCUUCCGAUUUUAAACAACAACAACAACAGCAAUAUCAACAACUGCAACAACCACAACAAUUACAACCAGAAGAAUUGGGCAUACUCGAUCGGAUGAGCAGACUUCAAAAAACACUUCGUGAACAAAAUCUAUUUCAUCAACAGUUACGAACCGAUAUCCAAAAUGCAUGUGAUAGAAUCAAUGGAUGGAGAAUGAAUUUACCAUUAAUUAUUAAUCAUACACGAUUGCAAUUUGUUGCAGUGGACAAGAAUUAUUCUUCUCAAACAAUGAUGGAGGGACCUUGGCUCGGAAGUGAUCCAUCCUUUAUGAAUAUUCUCCUCACGACUAGUGCUGCUGGCAGUCAUUUAUCAGCCUCUACCGAUGAUAUACUUACUCUGGUUCCAACAAGUGCUUCUGCAACGUCUAUUGCCAAAGCAACGGGUAAAAAGCUUUUUCAAGGCUUUUGGAGCUCCAAUAGUAGCGCAAGUGUCUCAAUUGGAAAUUCUCUCAAUUCAACAACAUCCAAUCUCAAUGAUAACAGUACGAAUUCAAAUGGAAGCUAUCAGCAGAGCUCGUCACUACUCAAAUUGGCUUCUGUUACUAAACCAUCAAGAAUGUUUAAAUAUCAUGAUAAGGAUCACCCUUUUUCAGUACUAAAACGACACUAUGAAGAAUUUAUUGAAUUUAUACGUCAGCAGCCAAAAUUAUUCUGCAGAAGUAUUAAGAAUUGGAUUUCCAAGCAAUUUAUUAAUCAAUUAAUUUUGCAAAGAAAAUCUAUGAAAAAUGUAAAAGUCUCAAGCCCAACCGAGACAUUGUCACCAAGUGGAUCCUCGUCCACUACUGAGGACUUUGAAUCUUGUGAUCGACUUGCUUUUAUAAUGAUUUAUUCGUUGUAUGGAAAUGCUGGAAAUCCAUUGGAGACAAAGUGUAUUCUAAAAUUCAUUAAGACCACAUUUGACAUUGUAUUUGAGAGUUGUUCUUCGGAAAAUCCUUUUGAAGUUUUUGAAAACAUAUUUCUGUACAGACUUGUGUUUCUCUAUUUACGGAGGAAAGGCAAACAUUUUAUCAAGAGUAUCAUGACAGAGCCAUUGUUUGAUUUGUUUUCAAACGAUGAUCUUGAAGUUCCUCUCGACAUUUCACCUGUCUCCUCUCAGCCAACAUCACAAGAAAAAUCAGAAUCCAACAAACCUUCUAAACCUCCCAUAUUGUUCUUUCAAAAUACCUGCAGUGUGAACACCAAUGAUGUGUCUCCAGUUUCACCUGACUGUGUCACCAGUAGUGUCUUUAAUACACAGCAACAGAUGAAACAACAGCUAAUUACACAAUCUAUGAUUGAUGCGAAUUUGUUGUAA